UCGAUAUUACCACCUCCACUCAUUUAUCUUUGCUGCGUCCAUCUGACGGACGCCCACGGACCAUUCCAAGUACUCAGAACUAUCACUAAGCGGCAUUUCCUUGACUAUUAGGAACAAGUAUUACGACAUAAGUGUUCACCAUGGCUUUAGGCACGUUUCGCGGAAGGUCACGCACCUUGCGCCAGCCGGAGACCAGCACAUCGCCUGCUCAGAAGCACCCAGACACGCGACCACGUAAGAAUUCUGGACAUCAGGAACCCAGUCUGGAUCCUCCUCAGGGCCCAACACGCCCGAAAACAGCAGAGCAGCAGCAUCAAAAGCGUUUACAGGAUGGCGACCCUGAAUUUGAUUUCCAGAUCGCAACACCUCCCCCGCACGCCGUGCCUUGUCCAACGAGUCCAAUUACCUCGCCCACAGACGGCUGGAUUGGUGUCGCAUUAGGAAGCCCCCGGAUGGUAGAGGUCCCUAUCGCAAUGUCACAGGAGCAACAGCCCGCUAAGCCUGCGGACGUCCCGUUGCGGCCAUCGCUGCAGCGCAAGCCGAGCAAAUGGAAGAAAAUCGGAGGAUUGUUCAAAGCGAAGAGUGCAUUGAGUGCACCUGUUCCCAUGGAGCCUUUCUAUCGUGUCCAGCCGACCACUGAUUGGCCAAUGCCAGCCUCUGCAGUCUCCAUCAACCGACGUCAGCCCGUACUUGAGGAAAGCCCUAAAAUCGACGAAGGGUCGAGCAUCGAAGAGCUCAAGCCCAGGGAUAAUCAUGGGAUCGAGGCCAAUAUCAAGCCCGAUGAUCAAUCCAGUCCCGUUGAAGCUUGGCCGUCUCUAGAACUGAAACCAGCCCCGGAACCGGCAGCCCUGGAACCGGCAUCUGCGGCCAUUAAUAAAUCGCCCCAAACUGCUAAUGCUUCGUCCAAUUUCACGCCCUUGCUCCAGAUUGACAUUCCCGACAUCCAAUUGGAACGAUACAGCGUCAUGUUCGGGGGAGUCUUGCAAAAGAAUAGACCUCCAUCAAUGAACAGACGGAGCAUGACGUUGAAUGACGCGGACGUGGGAGAGACGAAGCAAUCAUCGCCACCGUCGCCAGAAGUGGUUCCUCCUCGACGAAGGGCGACCUCACCAUCACGGUCACGGUCCAAUUCGCCAAGCUUCACACUGUUCCCCGCCACGCAAGUCAGCAAGGCCUCGAAGGUUCUUGGAUCGCAGAACAUACCCCGCGGCCCCAGUCCCCUACACAAGACUCAGACAUCAGUAACCGAGUCUCACCGGGACGUAUCCAAAGACAAGAGCCAUCUCGUUCUCAUGGUGCACAGUGCACCGUCCGCGCACAAACCGCAAGACUCACUAUCCUCGUUCCUUUCAGCCACGUCCAUAGACUCCGAGGACGAAAGACUUCUCCUGCAGAAGCUCAAACCUGUGCGAAGCUACGUCGACGAGCGAGAGCCCGAAUGGGAGAUCAUCAACAAGAAGUCCCCCACGAACAGCCAGCCUUUAUUACCCCUUCCUCCCCCGACUCCUCCGGCUAUUCCCAGACCAAAGGCUCCCGCAACCCUGACGAUCAACACGCAAGUACCGCCGACCAGGGCUGCUGCAGCUGCUGACCCACGAAGCGGAACCUCUUCGCCCCUUUCUUUCGUCUCAUCCGCGAAGUCACCCAACACGCCUCGCAACCGAACCAACCUCCCGGCGCGGUCUCCCACAGUCAGCCAAGCCAGUACCUCGAGGGCCAGCGCCACCACCACCCCCAUCGCCGUUCGGCGAUUUCCCCUCGGCGACGAAAGGAAAAACGCUAGUACGUCAGACCUUAACAAACCCCUCCCGACUGUUGAGAUCUCCAUUGCCCGAUCCGUCUCCGUCUCCCGGGGUAAGAAACAAGUGAUUGUCCCCAUUCGACCCCGGCUGGAUCGUGCCAACACCACUGCCACGGACCGCGUGGUGGAGACCAAGAUCACCCGUCCGCGUCCUCGGCUCCAAGACGGCGGGGAGUUCAGCCCUCGGCCUGGAAGCACACGGACUGUGCGUGUGGGCAAUUUCAUUUGAAGCGUUACAUGAUUCAUCCUCAUGAGAUCCUACGUCACAUCUUUCUAUUUACUUUUCCUUCGCACCUCUGGCUCAGUCGUGCUUUUGUUCCCUCUUCCUUUGUCUACUUCUCAGCCGGCCCUCCUUUACAAGCGCAGGUAGCAUAUACUUCUAUGCUUCGAUAGCUUAUCUCUUCAUGCAUGUAAAUUGUUCUUUUGCCCCUUCGGUAUGGACAGUCACCACUACUACAGUCUUGAUGACCUCAUCAGUCCCUCUUCUGCAUGUAUCUAUAUUUGUCC